AUGACCGUCACCACCAAUACCGCCCGUAGGGCAGACCCUCCCAACCGCAACCCGACCAGGUCAACUCCAUCCCACGCCACGCCAAUCCAGCAAUUCGCUCUUCGACGUCCACAUCGAGAAGCGAAUUCCCUGAACCUCACGACCGCAACCAUGGCUGACGACGAAUACAACGCUGAGGAGGCCGCCGAGCUCAAGAAGAAGAGAGCGUUCCGCAAGUUCUCCUACCGUGGAAUCGACCUUGAGGCUCUCCUCGACCUCGACUCCGAGCAGCUCCGCGAUGUCGUCCACGCCCGUGCCCGCAGACGCAUCAACCGCGGCCUGAAGCGCCGCCCCAUGGGUCUCAUCAAGAAGCUCCGCAAGGCCAAGCAGGAGGCCAAGCCCAACGAGAAGCCCGACCUCGUCAAGACGCACCUGCGUGACAUGAUUGUCGUGCCCGAGAUGAUCGGCAGCGUCAUCGGCAUCUACUCCGGCAAGGAGUUCAACCAGGUUGAGAUCAAGCCCGAGAUGGUUGGCCACUACCUUGGAGAGUUCUCCAUCUCUUACAAGCCCGUCAAGCACGGUCGUCCCGGUAUCGGUGCCACGCACUCUUCCCGUUUCAUUCCCCUGAAGUAA